AUUUGUAAAACUGUUGAACAAAAUAAUUGAGUAACGAUUAUAUUUGCUGAGAAAAAGUCUUUUUCUCUGUACCCCUCCUUCUACUUCAAGCAUGUAGUAUUGACAAUAAGAUUGACAAUGGCUGAAAGUAAUCCAAAAGAGUUUUCACCAUGGUUAUCGGAGAAGACGAAUGCCGUGAAGGCGUUAGCGCGCGAACAGUGCGAAGCGGCGGUACAGCUGCAGCGUCAGCAGCAGCUGCAACAGCACCAGAACCAGCACCAGCUACAACAGCAACAACAACUACGUGGCCCGUUAACCAUCCACCAUGCUGGCUGCCCAACGAAAGUCGGGCCCGUGACGAACCAACUAAAUACCAGCCACGCAACGCACGGCCGAGCUGCACAGUACCAACACUAUCAUCACCAUCAUCAUCAUCGACACGUGUCAAUGUCUCCACCGCUCUUGUUGCUCUCAUCGCCAGCUCCGAUCGCGGCGACGCACAAUCAUCUGAACGUGAGCGGACACAGAAACGUGGUUACGCCACCGGAUACACCAGCAGAUAGAUCGCCACCGAGUCCUGGAAAUAAGCUAAAUAGAUCGCAGCAUUUGCCACGGGAAGCAACCGGCCUGGUCCUGGUCUUCCGGCUGCCACAUUGGAUCUAA